AUGGCAACGGAUCAACUCAAGACCCUCGCUGGUAAACCGAGUGGUUCUCAACCAUCGAUUCCUGGGGCGCCCUCCGCUAAAAUAAAAAGCAUCGAGUACUUUCGCGUCAAGCCCAGAUGGCUUUUUGUCAAGAUUUGCGACGACCAAGGAAACCAUGGCUGGGGUGAAGCUACCUUGGAAGGCCAUACAAAGUCUACUGAAGGAGCUCUUGAUGAAAUUAUCGACCGGAUCAUCGGAUAUGAAGCAGAUGAUAUUGAACAUAUAUGGCAGACCAUCUGGAGGUUGGGAUUCUACCGAGGAGGGCCAGUCUUUAUGUCUGCACUAUCUGGUAUCGACAUUGCCCUGUGGGACCUCAAAGGCCGAAAACUCAACGUACCCAUCUAUCAGUUGCUGGGAGGCAAAGUCCGCAACAAGGUCCAAGUCUACGCAUGGAUUGGUGGAGAUCGGCCCAGUGACAUUGAGACAGCGGCAAAAGCAAGGAUUGCCCAGGGCCUGAAAUGCAUCAAGAUGAAUGCCACCGAAGAUGUCAAUUGGCUCGACUCGCCGUCUGUUCUUGACUCGACCAUUGAGCGACUGAAGACUGUCAAGGCCUUGGGCCUUGAUGCCGGUCUCGAUUUUCACGGCCGACUUCACAAGCCUAUGGCGAAGCAGUUGGCCAAAGCUCUCGAACCGUAUCGACCGCUAUUUAUCGAGGAGCCACUGCUGGUCGAACACCCAGAGGCCUUCAAGCAGUUGUCUCAGCUCACCACCGUGCCUAUUGCAACGGGUGAACGCCUCUACACCCGUUGGGACGCCAAACGGCUCCUAGAGGACGCGAGUAUCGAUAUUCUCCAGCCUGACAUCGCUCAUGCAGGAGGUAUUUCCGAAACGAGGCGCAUGGCCACCAUGGCUGAGACGUACGAUGUGGCCAUUGCACCGCACUGCCCGCUCGGACCCAUCGCCCUGGCGGCGUGCAUCCAGGUUGAUCUGUGUACGCCCAACUUUGUGAUCCAGGAGAUGUCGCUCGGUAUGCAUUACAACGUGGAAGCGGGUGAAGAGGAUCUGAACACGUAUCUGGUUGACCAGUCUGUAUUCAAGAUCGAAGAUGGAUACAUCAAAGCCAUGACAGGUGCCGGACUUGGAAUUGAGAUUGACGAGGAUGUUGUGAGGAAGAUCUCAAAGACGACGAAGCCAUGGCAAUGUAAGGAGUUUUAUGGUCCUGAUGGAUCAAUCAGGGAGUGGUAG